CCGCCCCCUGCGCCUCGGGCCCCGCCCCUCGCGUCCGCGCCGUUUUCGUCCCUCAAUUAAAAUUCCGGUGGUUCAGCAUUUGCGGCGGACAAUAUGGCGGCCUCCAUGCUGCGCUCUUUGCUGCGGACCGUUCGUCAGAUGGUUCCUUCAUCACCUUCAGGCCAAGUUCGAGGUUAUUAUGUAGACUGGAAAAUGUUGCGUGAUGUGAAGAGACGAAAAAUGGCUUAUGAAUAUGCAGAUGAGAGGCUGCGGAUCAAUUCACUCAGGAAGAAUACCAUUUUGCCAAAAGAUCUUCAGGACGUGGCCGAUGGAGAAAUUGCUGCCCUUCCCCGGGAUAGCUGUCCUGUUAGAAUCCGAAAUCGGUGUGUGAUGACGUCCCGUCCACGUGGCGUAAAGCGGCGCUGGAGGCUUAGUCGUAUUGUCUUCCGUCACUUAGCAGACCACGGGCAGCUGUCGGGGGUCCAGCGAGCAAUAUGGUGACCCGCUCCAGAACCCACUGAGCAGGGAACCCAGUUCUGGCAAGAAGAGGCUUCUCUAAUAGAUGAAAACCUAGUUUUAUAGGGGUCCAGGAUGGGAGUCUAGUCUACCUGAUGCUUCCUACGGUUAAAGUACUUUUUAAUUUUAAAUGAAGAAAUUUGGUGGAUGUUUCAUUCUGGCAGUGAAUUCUGGCUAUCUGCGAAUUCUCUCUUCUCUUGGACUUAAAAAUUAACCAUACUGUUUCUAUGCACAGAGAGUACAUGGAGUAGAGUAAUAAAAAAUACUCUGUGAAAAUA